AUGGGUCAGGUUUCCUCUCCUGCAUCUAAGGACGAAGACAAUGGAGAUUUGGAGUCCAGUUUCACUAACUAUUUUAAGAAGAUUAAGACAGAAAACAAACUAAUUUCUCAGGAACAUAUCCAUUUAAUAGAAUCUCAUCUGGAAAAAGGAAACAUUCAGGUGGCAAGCUCUGUAAUUAAUGAUGCAUUAAAAAAUAUUGGUAACACCCCAAUAAAUAUUGCUGUGAUAGGAGAGUGUGGAGCAGGGAAGUCCAGUUUCAUCAAUGCCCUGAGGGAGGUUGGACCUGAAGAUGAAGAUGCAGCUGAAGUUGGCGUGGUAUUGACAACUGUAGAGAAAACGCCAUACAAACACCCCAAAAAUAAAAUGUUCAUUUUAUGGGACCUGCCUGGCAUUAGAACUAUGAACUUUCCAAUGGAAGAUUAUCUGGAGAAAGUGAAAUUCCAAGAGUAUGAUUUCUUCAUUAUUGUCUCUUCCGCAUGUUUUACAAAACUUGACCUAGACCUUGCCAAAGCAAUCAGAUUUAUGAAAAAGAAUUACUACUUUGUGAGAACCAAGGUGGACCUGGAUUUAGACAAUGAGAAGAAAUACAAACCUCGCACCUUUGACAGAGAAAAGACCCUGCAGCAGAUCAGAAGCAUGUGUGUGAAUGCCUUCAGAAGGAAUAACAUGGAUGUACCACAGAUUUUCUUGAUUUCUAACAGCAAUUUAUCUGACUAUGAUUUUCCAUGCCUGAUAGACACAAUGAUAAAGGAUCUUCCUGCUCAAAAGCACCACAAUUUUAUGCUUUCCUUGGCUAAUAUUACAGAGGCAGCCUUUAACAAAAAGCGCAAGUCUAUGCAGCAAACUAUCUUGUUGAAAGCCAAGAAGACUGAUUGUUUAGCUACUAUUCCUGCAAUGAGCAUCCUCAAGUGUGAUGUGGAGGAGCUGAAGGUGAAGUUAAACCACUAUCGAGUCCUCUUUGGAGUAGAUGAUGCAUCCCUGGAAGUCAUUGCUAAGGAUUCUCAUGUGCCUGUUGAACACUUGAAAAAAAUCAUUAAAUCUCCUUAUUUGUUGGAAAUUAAGAAAAGGAAAACAUUAAAAGGAAAUCUUUUGAAAUACUUGGAGAAAUUUACCUCAGACAAUGCUUCACGUCCCUACUAUAAGAAAACCGAUUACUUACAACUUCUUUUCCUUGACACAGUGACUGAAGAUGCCAAAGUUGUCCUUAGAGAGACAUACUCAAAAACUAGUUCAACUUCAUAUCACCCACAGCUACUGACCAUGGAUAAGUGUUACCCUUUCCUCAAGUUCUUGGCCGGAUUAGUGGCUGUUUUUUUGUUUUGUUUUAUCUUAGGUUUUAAGCAUGAAGAGGGGAGUAAUCUCCAAAUAACUUUUUAA